UAAUUUAUUAAUUAUUAUUUUAAAAAACAGGCAAAUCUGACCCCUCUCUCUCUCUCUCUCUCUCUCUCUCUAACAAUUCCUCAUUAUCUUGUUCUUAUCUUCUUCGAUUCUUGCUGUUUUGCUUUCCCUUUCCAGUCUUCGCCUAUUCAUAUAUGGACAGCUAACAUUUUGUGGUUUUGGGAUUAAAUAAAAAGGAACAGCUAGAGCUUUGUUGUUCGCAUUGUGACUAGUUUAAAGUUAAAGUUGAGGAAUGGCCGAAAAAUCGUGUGUCAAGCGUCUUCAGAAGGAAUAUAGAGCACUAUGUAAAGAGCCGGUUUCCCAUGUCGUUGCCUGCCCUUCCCCUAGUGAUAUCCUUGAGUGGCAUUAUGUAUUGGAGGGAAGUGAAGGAACAGCUUUUGCAGGUGGAUAUUACUACGGAAAGAUCAAGUUUCCUCCUGAGUAUCCCUAUAAACCUCCUGGAAUCACCAUGAUUACUCCUAAUGGACGCUUUGCAACUCAAAAGAAAAUCUGCUUGUCUAUGAGCGAUUUUCAUCCCGAAAGUUGGAAUCCAAUGUGGUCUGUAUCAAGCAUACUUACAGGGCUUCUUUCCUUCAUGAUGGACAAUAGUCCCACCACAGGCAGUGUGAACACUACUGAUGCUGAGAAAGCACAUCUAGCAAAGAAUUCUCUAGCUUUCAAUUGUAAGAACCCAACAUUUAGGAAGUUGUUUCCAGAGUAUGUGGAGAAGUUUAACCAGCAGCAGCAUUCUGAGCAGAUUAUUUCAGAGCGGGUGCCACAGGAGGAGAAAUCCAGACCUAGUAUGGAAAAACUUGAUAAUUCAUUAGAAGAUCUGAAUAGAAUAGAUACACUGAAGGACACAAGAAGAAACGCAAAGCACACAUUCCCAACCUGGGUGAUGUUGUUGCUGGUGUCCAUCUUUGGCAUCGUAAUGGCAUUGCCUUUGCUUCAACUCUGAUCUCUAGACUGCAGAAGUGCAAAUUUUAGAACGGUUAGCAGACAUGCAAGCUUUUGCUAGGUGAAGAACAAUUCUUAUAAUGCUCCUCAGUUAUGCCCUAUAUUCGACAGAACUUGUAUAGAGGUUGAUCCUGAAAGACUCACUUGGGUCUUUUUAUGUUAUCAUUGGGAGUUUGGUAGUUAAUUCCUAAAAGAGAUACAUGCUUGUGGCCUUAUUUUCUAAAGUUAGAUGAAAUCAUUUGUGUUA